CAAUUUUUAGACUUAGGAAUAUUUUUCUUUGUUAGACGUAGAUAUUUUUUGCACCUUUGCUCCUUCGGCCUAAACCGUCUCCAUUCUUUUGCAGGUAUCAGCAUGGAUCUUAACGCCUUCGCCGCUCUCAAGAAGCAGAAAGCCAAAGUCCCGGGCAGCAGGCAAAGGUCCAAUCCCCGAGGGGCAGCAGAAGCCCCUCGGGGAAUUCUUGAAAAAGGGUGGUGAGCCCUCGGACGAAGCUGCCAAGAGGAAGGCAGCAGGCAAAGGUCCAAUCCCCGAGGGGAAGAGACAAAAGAAGGGGGAUGCUGGGAAGAAGGCUCCCCCGGUGGUGGUCGUGGACGAGCACUCCACCUCUGAGCCCCAUGUUCAAGUGGCGGUGACCGCUUCCAACCUUCCCUCGGCCCAGGGGGGUGAGGUAGGUUUGCCCCGUGAGGACAUACGGUUCUCUCUGCCGAAGGGUGCCUCCAUUACACAUGGCACUGUGGACCCUCGGGAGUUCCUUGGUGGGGCUACUCCUUCGUUGGACAGGAAGGCCCUCGGAAAGCUCGACGAUGAGGCUCUCGAGUCAAAGAUCCUCCGGUCCUCCCUCACUCCCUCGGUGAGCAUGCCAGGAGAUUCGAUGAGUGGCGCCUCCAGAAGGCCUAACAGGAUGAGACUAUGAAGAAGCUCAUCCGUGAUAACGCCGAGGCCGUGAGGCAAAUGGCCCAGCUAGAAGGGGACCUUCAGCAGGCGAAGGCUGCGGUGGAGAAGGCGGCUAACAAGAAAGCUGAAGUCGGGAGGGCCGCUGCUGAGGCCGCGAAGAAAGCCUCCGAGGAUGCAGAGGCCGCCAAAGCGGAGGCCGCCGCCGGUGCUGUCGCUUCUUUCAUGGCCGGGGGGUGGAGGGCAGAAGGCCACGAAGACUGGGUGGCUUCGGUCGUGGAGGAAUCUGUCGACGGGUGGGUGAAAGGCCCUGGGGCGAUGUGGUUAGCCCGAAAGGGCGAAGACUACUAUGCUGGGGGAUUUUUUACCCAGAUCCUGAUCUACAGAAGGCUGGCGCGGCACCUGAAGAUUGAACCGGAGGCUUUCGAUUCGGCGACAUAUGGCCUCCCCCCCUCUAACCAGAUAUCAGAGUCCCCCUCCCUGCAGGUGUUGAAAGGUCAGAAUUAGAGGAUUCUGAGCUGCUGAAGGAGGUCGGGGAGGAAGAGGAAGGGGCCGAGGGGGACGCCACGUCGAAAGCUGCCGAAGGGGGUGAGGCAGCAGCAGCUGAUGAUGUUGUUGUUUCAUAAUUCUGAAAAACAUUUGUUGUAACGAACAUGUACAUCUUUUCGGGUUCGGACUUUGUGUAUAACAAGUUUUUAUUCCCUGUUGAUGAAUGGAUGUCUGCCUUCGAGCCUUUUAUAUAUAAUCUUCUUUUCCUUUUGGAUGUAUGCCUUCAAAUUGUUUUGUGAAAUGGAUGCCUUCUAAUAUGCCUUGUGAAUGAAUGUAUGUUUGUAUGGUAUUUUGGUCGAGGGGCCAACUUUUAGGACUUCGAAAAUAUUUUUC